AUGGAUACCUAUUGGUUUGUUUCUAACUCAGGAGAGAUGAUUCUAUGUCAAGAUAUGUCUGGCCCAGCCACCCAUUCUGCCUACCCCAGUGUGUCACUGGUAGACAAGCUCCGAUUGGCUGCUAGCAAUGGUCAGGUGGAUAAGGUGCAGGAGCUUAUCCAAUUGGGGGCUACAUUUCAUCCAGACAAGGAAGGCCGAACACCCUUACACUUUGCUGCAGUGAAAGGGUUUGUUGAAGUGUGUAAGUUCCUGGUGGGACAUGGUUGCCCUCUGAACGAGCAGGAUUCGAUGGGGUACACUGCUAUACACAGAGCUGCUUCUCAAGGUCACACUGAGGUCAUCCGCCACCUACUAGAGGAGGGAGGGUCAGCUGACACACAGGACGAGCAUGGAAACACUGCUCUACACGAGGCUGCCUGGAAUGGAUACAGUGCUGCACUGGAACUCCUCAUCAAACACAACUGUAAUGUUGUAGUUACUAACAAGGCGGGCUUCACUUCCCUACAUCUUGCAGCACAGAACGGACAUAACCAGAGUACACGUGUCCUGUUGUAUGGGGGCUGUAACCCAGACCUCAAAAAUAAUUAUGGUGAUUCCUCUAUCCACACGGCAGCUCGAUAUGGACAUGCUGGGGUCACACGUAUUCUCAUUAGUGCUAGAUGUUGUUUGAACUUACAAAAUAAGAACGGGGACACAGCAUUACAUAUUGCAGCAGCACUGAAGCGACGUAAGAUUGCCAAACUUUUAGUAGAAGCUGGGAUAGACGUUUUUAUAAAGAAUAAGCAAACAGAGACUGCCAUUGAUGUGGCCAGGCGAAAGGAACAUCCGGAGAUCAUCCUCAUUGUUACAUCUUUCUCAAGGUCUAAGACUCCUAAGAGCCAGAAGGAGGUCAACUUUAAGGAUGUACCAGGCAAUAAUUUGGAAGGGCCAGUGGUAGUGCCAGAUGAGGAUGCACCAAUCAAAACAGACAAACCCUCGAAGGAGAAAUCCAAGUUUUUCUUCUUUAAGAAAAAGAAGAAGGACAAAGAUAAAGAAGAUGGCAAGACAGGGCUUCCUCAAGGUCAACAGAUGUCCCAGAGUGAAAAAGACAAGGUUCAGGGUUUCUUCAGUCAGUAUAUCCCUCGACCAGGCAGUCAGUAUUACAGGGAUCUAGCCGGAAACAUCAAACAGGGCCCUAUUGGUUACACGCCCCUGUGUCAGUGUGGACCAGCCUUACACAAACUAGAGCAACAUGUCACCAAGAACAGUGACAACAUUUAUGAACACAUUGAUGCAUCCAAUCAGGUGUUACAUCAACGUCUUGACCAGCUGGACAAGCGCACCGCCCAACAAGUGUAUGCUAUUGACAAACUCACCAAAGAGAGACUUCAGCGUGAAGAGAGAAACUGCAAUGACAGAAUUUCGAUGAAGUUACAGGAAGAGAGAAAUUUUAUGUUAAAAAAAUAUACAGAACAAACGCGUAUGGAAGUGGAGGAUUGGCUAGAGGCCAAAUUAUCCUCAUAUGGACAUUGUCUGAGUCAUCACCAUGACGAUUCGGCUCUUCCCAGCAAAAACUUUUUUACAGACAUUCAUGAAAAUGCCAACGGAAGAUUGUUUCGGUCUCGUUCUGAUGAGACACUGUCUCAGUCAGAUUAUAGUGUAAAACACAAGAAACGUGAAUUUUAUGAAUCACGCCAAGCAGCUAUGCAACAGCUGCGGGAAUGGCAGAAUGAUGUUCAGGAAGGGAAAAAGAGACAAAAUGAGAGAAUAGCUCGAGAAAGCAACCUAGGUAAGGGUACAAUAUACUCAAGCCAAGGUCGUGUGCAAGUUGGACAAAUUCAGGUACAUUCAGCUCCAAAAGGAGACAGUUCACGUGAGGAGAAUACACGGGGGUCUAGAGUGACUUUCAAUCUUCUUUCGCCAAGUACUGCGUCGACCAGUCGCACACCAUUUGUUCAAAGUCCAGUUGACUCCACUGAUAUUAAAAUGUAUGACAGUCAAGGUGCUAUCCCUAAACGAAUCCCCCACUCACAUUCAUGGCAAAGUUCAGAACAAUUCGAAAAUUCUCCUGUAAAGCGAGAAUCAAGCCCCCUCACACACAGCACUCCUAAAUCUUAUGAUUCUAGUCCAUAUGAAACUGUUGGUGGUCUGAAAAGGGGAGCCAUGGUCAGGAGCCAAACUACUGAACCAGAGGGUUUUCAACGGUCAAGUCAGAGGUACAGUCAACAUCACCAUGUUGAUCCUAUGUACCAACGGUCAAGUCAAAGGGAAUCUUCCACCUCUAGGCCAAAUCAAACGGAUUCCUCAGAUGGAUUUCAAAGAACAAGGCAGAGACAGAGUUUUCCCGAAAGGGGGUCCUCAAACACAAGCACAGGAAAUAAUCCAACUUCCAAUUCCUCCGGUGCUGGACAGGAUCCCCUGGGGAGCCAACAGUCCAGCAUCGGCAUUGGGAAAGGGGCUACUUCUAAACCCACUUUCUCAACAUUUGGGUACCCAGAAAAAGAUACAAAGUCUCGACCAACAAGUGUGGGGGAUAAUAUGGUGGGAUCUAAUGGUAACUCGGGCAGUUGUGAGCAGCAACAUCCGAGCUCUCAUACAAAAAACGAGGGAUCGUGUGGAUCAGGGGUGAAGGAAAUCAAUCCUUAUGGUUCUGUUUCUGUGGUGAAAGACAGUGUAUAUGGGUCUUCACGGACAAAUCCCUCUCUUCGACAAGUUCCAAAACCACCAGAAAAACCAGAAUUUCUCAAAAAAGAAAAUAUUUCUAAGGAGAGUGAUAUGUAUGGUUAUUUUGUGAAAAAUAAGGAUGAUAUGUAUAUGUCCAUGCAACCCAAAAAUUCUCCGAUGAUACAUAGGACACGAUCUUCUGAUGAGCUGCUCUUGGAGGAGAAUGGGAUUACAUCUGCUCAUGAAAUGGCAAAGAGAGGCGGAAGUACAGAUAGGACACCCAUGGGUCAAAGGUCAAUGAACCGCACACCUAAUGACCUUGAAGGAAAGAUUUCUAGUGCUCAAAAUACAAAUUGUGUGUCAAAUAGCCAAGGUCAUUCAUCCAAAAUUGGUCAAGGUCAGUGGUCUUCUUAUGUGAUGAGAGGACAAAGUAAACCUCAAACACCUGUUAGUCAGCAAGCAGGUUCUGGUACAGCCAGUUAUGGUCAGUAUACUGGUCGUGUGUUACGCACUCCAGAGAGUCAUUAUGUCAGCAUGAAUGAUGAUCACUACAGGAUGACUCCUAUUGGAGAUAAGAACCGGAUAAACACAGGCCGCACAUCUGUGGAAAACACCUAUAUGUCAGGGAAGGAUGUAACACGACGUGGGGAUGGAAGUCCUGCACCGUAUCAUAGCACAUACAAUAUGAACAGGGUCGGACAUAAUGAUGAUUAUGAUCUAAUAGAAAAUGUGGACAGAUCAAGGAAUCUGAGCAAGUCAGAGUCGAACUUGUUAGACAGGACUUGUGGCUCUAGUAAUAGUGGAAACUCACCGCGUGGAGACCUCCGUGUAUGUCGGACACCUGUCAGUGGCGGUGAGGAGGCAGACAAGGAUAACCUGAGGAACAUAUCAAACUAUCCAAAUGCCUACAACAAAGAGGACUCUAGUAGUAAUCCAGACAGUGGCUAUAGCAGCAAAAUAUUUGGCAACCGUCUCCGUCCAGGAAAUGCCCCCAGCAAUAGUGGGUCUCCUUCAUUUAAUAGUGGUACGCCAUCAUCAUCAUUCAGUACUGAUCAUAGCAUCUCCACACCUGGUCAUAGCCACUCCAACUCUCCAUACAUACCUGUCAACCAUGCAGAUUACCAGCAAAUACCAGCAUCACGCGACCAACAUAGGGAAGCUAUUGAAUCACAAGUUCAAAACUGGUACCAAAAGAAAUUAAUGGAGGCUGCCAAUAACAUCACAGAUUCACCUUAUGGGGUAUCACCACAGAAAUCUUAUCCUGGCCAGGCUGCUGUAAGGAAUCUCUAUGGUGUCCAUCAGCAGUAUCGACCAGACCAUCCCCACUACAGCAAUAAAUCAUAUCGUCAUGACAACUCAGCAUAUGGAAGUCAUCAACAAAUGGCAAGCUAUGUACAGGGCAGCGAUGUGUGA